AUGGCGCACGCAUCGAUCGAAGAAGUCUCGGGUCAUGAAAAGGCUUUGACUCCGUACGUCCCCGUCAGACUGAAAGGCUACAAACAUUGGUUUGACCCGUACACAUCCUGCAAAUGGGAUUCGCCAAUGGCCUAUCGCAAGCCCGGAUUGGGCUACCAGAAGCUCUCCAAACAUCGCCACCGAGAUGCAUUUGAGCGUGAAUGGGUGGGUGACUACGAUGAUCGCUACAUAUCCUCGUGGGAUGGUAAGGUAUCCAAACUCGUGGUCCAAGCUGUCGAUGAGAUCUAUGAUGAACAGAUCACCUGCACGCAUCGUCGUACUUACAUCCGGAACAUCGCGCCAAUAUAUCUGAGACUGGCGAACUGGCCAUUCAACCACAUCGACCCCAACAACAACGAUGGCAAGCCUACGAGUGCAGACAUGCCUAUGCUCUGCUUCAAAUGGUUUGUCACGGCCAUUGCGAUCAGCUUUGUGAUCUCAAGCCCCAGUCCCGGAUCCAUCUCCCCGCGAAACGGCGGCAACUAUGACCCAGUUCCUUACAAAUACUAUGAUUAUCCCAAGGUAGCACGUAAUAGACUGGAGCUGAAUAGUCGCCGAGACUCCAACGGUAGCAAUCCGCACGCUGAACGUGUCCUGCGUCCUCGAUAUCUCUGCUUCUUACAGAAACCUGGUGAUCCAGCAUUGAUCAUGAACGUAGAAGAGUGGGUCACGCAAUACAAGUCUGAGCGCAACUUGUCUUACAUCUUUGUUGCGUACACAGCAGAACAGUUCAAGAGCAAUGAUGACCUUAUGGAUUUGCACCAGAUGGCAGAUGCAGCUGCCCGCAACGCUGGCGUGAUGGCCUACUGGGUUGGCUGCUCUUGCAUGCCUGAUCAAGACCAACUUCAAGAAGAUGUUUACCGAAUCUGUGAUGUGAUCCGGGGUUCGCAGUCCCUCAUAAUUGCUGUCGGGCAACCUCAAAACGACACACACGACAUCAGCACUACAGAUCUGAUGCUGCAGCAGUGGGGAAACCGGAUCUGGACUUUCCCCGAGAUCUUGUUGGCCCCUGCUGGCAAAGACAUCAAGGUCUAUCUGCGCGGCAGUGAUCUUAUGCAGCCACUUUGUGUCCCGAAAAAUCAAUUCGCGGCCAGAGUUUGGAGGGAGGAUGCGCAUGUUGCUCGUCAGCUCGUUGAUCACUACGAAGGCAAUCUUCUCUUGAGCCAGCUUGAGCUUGUGACUCUCGCACUGGAAUGCCUCCACAAGCGCAAUACGUACCAGUAUCUUCCUGGUGACUACAGCUACGCACUGAUGGGUCUCGUUCGCAUCCGACCAACGAUUGACCCUACGGACUCUGCUUUCCAAGCUUUCGCACGUCUCUCGAUGGCGAACGGCAACGAUCAGCUCCUGGAGCGUCUGAUCUGCGUGCUUCCCCGAGUCCCCAAUCAGCCUUGGCACUCCAUGGACGACGCUUAUGAUGCCAAGCUCUGGGAGAUUUUGCCUGAAGGCGUUGAGGUCGCUGGUAUCGGCCACGACGACACCGUCAUUCUUGAUGGUUGCCGCGCCGCUAACGUGCGCUGGAAGUCGUUCACCCCAGUAGCUAACACGCGACGCGAGUCCUGGAAACGCAUGCUUGCAUCGGUACUGUUGCGACUCAGUGGCCUCACCUUCUUGAUUGGUACCGUGCUUGUUGCGAUCAACCAACCCCCAGAGUCAAACGCAGGAAUAUCCUUUACCCAAGGUGCUGGUUACUUCCUUAUCAUCUACUCUAUCUUUUUGUUCUUCCUAUCGCCUUGGCUGUUCCGCCUACUCUACCUCGGUAAGUUCUGGGAUCAGCAAUGCUGGUUCUUUGGAUUUGAGGGGUACAUGCCUAUCAAAACCGUCGAAGAGCAGAUUUUUGGGGGCAGAUUGAACCGCCUGAGGUGGACGGCAUAUGCCAGUCCAUUGUCAAGACAUCACAAAAAUGAGCACAAUGAGUGCGUCGCCGAUGAUCCGACCACAGACCCUGAGAUCAAGGCACUGGUAGAGAGGUGCAAGCACGCUGGGCCUGGAGAGCAGAGACUGUUCACUCUGGUAGACACAGGCAAUAUGACAGUUACUCUCUUCCUUGCCGUCCGUCCACCGACCUGUUUCCUCAUGGCAGGAUCAGAAGGCGGCAUGAAGCGUAUUGUUGGCUGCUCGUACGACUGGACUACUUCAACCAUGUAUCGCGAGACAGUGCUACGCAUUGAGACCCGAUUCGAAGAUAAGAUGUCGCGCAUUGGCCGUGUCAAGGUUGGCUUCAGGCGCGAACAGCAUCCGGUGGCCCUGCUCACUCACGUUGGCGAAGCUGCUGGUAUGAGGGUGGAGUAA